AUGGUUGACGACAAGAAGCUGAAGUCCAGGAAGCUGAAAAGGGCGAAUAUCAUUGCCGGAAUCAACCGUAUGGAACAGUUCCUGUAUCAAUACGUGGAGGACCAACACCAAGGGGAAGUUCGAUACCGCUUGGAGCGUCUCGAAAAACUGUGGGAAUCGUUCGACGAAGUGCAGGCGGACUGCGAGGAGCUUGACGAAGAGGAGGAUGCGGGCACUAAAAAUUUGGAGAUCCGAAGCAAAACCGAAUCAAUUUAUUUCCGGGUCAAAGCUGGUCUAGCUUCCAAGAUCCCGGAAUCGUUUGGGCCCACCGCAUCGACAUCCUAUGCUGCAAAUGAAACAUCCGCCCCUGCUCAUCUUGCGAACAUUAAACUCCCGACGAUCACGCUACCCGAAUUUGAUGGCGAUUUCAAUCAGUGGCUGACGUUCCACGACACGUUCGUGUCGAUGAUACAUUCGUCGACGGAAAUUUCAUGUGUCCAGAAAUUUCACUACCUUCGCGCUGCCCUCAAGGGUGAGGCAGCUAAUUUAAUCCAGUCGAUUACCAUCACCGCCAACAACUACUCUGUUGCGUGGGAGGCAUUGUAUCCCAAAAUCCCGAACAACUCGGUGGAUGCGCUUCAUCGAAUCGUCGACGAAUUCCAGAGGCACACGAAGAUUCUGGAGCAACUCGGAGAACCCGUGAUCUAUUUUAGCUCGAUUCUUAUGGAGCUUUUGGAAGAUAAGCUGGAUGACGCAUCGCUCACCGCCUGGGAGGAAUCCAUUGCCGGUGAUCCCCAUCCAACCUACAACAACAUGAUCGAAUUUUUGCAAAAGAGAACCCGAAUCAUGGAGACGAUCAUGAUCAAUCGGCCAACGUCUAGCCAAACGAAACCCGUCGCUCAAAAUUUUCCUCAGCGCAAACCAGGAUCGCACUUGAGUUCGAAUGCCGUUUCCGAAAGUUACCCGAAAAGCUACCCGAUGUGCCCAGCUUGUGAGAAAGAAAGGCACAGCAUUUACAACUGCCCCGUUUUCAACAGCUUGGACCCGAAAGGCCGGACGAAAAUAGUGACCGAAAAGAAACUGUGUGCCAAUUGCUUCCGAAGUGAUCAUUUCGCCCGAUCGUGCCCGUCGAAAUUUUCUUGCAAGCAUUGCUCCAUGCACCACCAUUCGAUGAUUCACUUCGGUCAAGCUGAAUCCACCCGUGCUGCUGCUGAUCCCCCGUCCCGCCCCGAGAAUGUCAACUCACUUGCCGUCGCAAUCACCCCGCAACCUACUGUGUCAUCGAAUCCCGUCGUGAGACCAUCCCGUGAGAGUGUGCUGCUACCCACAGUAGUGCUAAUCGUCGUCGACGCCUAUGGUCAUCAAUACUUAGCCCGUGCCUUGCUGGACACAGGUUCUCAACCGAACGUCAUCAGCGAGAGACUGUGUCAGCAACUGCGUUUGUCCCGUAAGGUGGUUAACAUCGACGUGCGAGGUGUAGAUGGUACCGCAACGAGUGCGAAGUUCGAAGUGCAAGCCGAAAUACGAUCUCGGGUGAGCGAUUUCUCCGAGAUGCUCGAUUUCCUCGUCUUUCGGAAGGUAACCAGUGACGCCCCCGCAAUUCCCUUCUCGGUUGCCCAAUGGAACAUCCCAAAAAACAUCGCUCUCGCUGACUCGGAUUUUAGCACACCGCGAAAGAUCGACAUGAUAAUUGGCGCUGCUCAUUUCUACGCUUAUCUGAAGCCUGGUCGCCUCCAGCUUGCGGCAAAUGGUCCUUUGCUGACCGAAACAGUGUUCGGUUGGCUGGCAACUGGAAAGUUCAACAUGAAAGCCGAACAAGCCAAUCAAAAAUCUACGGCAACUUGUCAUGUGGCGACAGUUGUUCCCGUAGAAGAACUACUUACCCGGUUUUGGAAGAUAGAAGAUGUUGGUGGAUCCGACUAUUCUAUCGAUGAGCAGAGCUGCGAGAAUUACUACCGAUAUACAACCGAUCGUGACUCUUCUGGGCGCUACAUUGUGCGCGUCCCGAAGCACCCCGAAUUCGAGCAGAUGCUCGAGCGGAGGCUGGAGAAGGACGCCGAUCUCAAGAGUCAGUAUCACGACUUCAUGAGAGAAUACAUCGAACUUGGCCAUAUGGAUCUGGUUCCCCCCGAAUCGGAAAAUGUGAAAUCCUGCUAUCUCCCUCACCACCCCGUCUUGAAGGAGUCCAGUUCGACGACAAAGUUGCGAGUCGUGUUCGACGGCUCAGCCAAAACCAGCACCGGCCAUUCGCUGAACGACUCUCUUCUUGUUGGCCCAGUCGUGCAAGACGAGCUGCUGACGAUCAUCAUCCGAUUCCGAAAAUACCCGAUAGCGUUGGUGGCGGACAUAGCUGUUCCCGUAAGGGCCACAAGACAGAAACUGUUCCGCAAAUUUGAACUGAUAUUUUAUUAUAAUCGUUAA